GCCUCUAAGGGCUCUGAAUGGGGGUCUCCUUUGGGCCACACUCUUCCUUGCCAGGCUGAGCCCAGGGGACCUGCCCCACCAGCCCCAAUGCCAUGGCCUUCCUCCUCAAGCUCUUCCGCUUGGGCCUGGAGAAGAAGAAGGUGAGACACUACGAGAAUGUGAAGCGAGAUGUCAACCCCGAGGACGUUUGGACUGUGCUGGGGGAGCUGGGGGAUGGCGCCUUUGGGAAAGUCUUCAAGGCACAGAACAGAGUGACAGGAGUGCUGGCUGCUGCCAAGGUGAUUGAUACGCAGGGGGAGGAGGAGCUGGAAGAUUACAUGGUGGAGAUCGACAUCCUUGCGGGCUGUGAUCACCCAAACAUCGUCAAGCUGCUGGAUGCACUGUACUGGGAUGGCCGGCUGUGGAUCCUGAUUGAGUUUUGCCCAGGAGGAGCAGUGGAUGCAGCAAUGCUGGAGCUGGAGAAGGGCCUGACUGAGGAGCAGAUCCGAGUGGCCUGCAGGCAGAUCCUGCUGGCCCUACAAUAUCUCCACAGCCACAAGAUCAUUCACAGGGACCUGAAGGCUGGGAAUGUCUUGCUGACCUUGGAAGGGGAUGUCAAGCUGGCUGAUUUUGGAGUUUCUGCCAAAAAUGCCCGCACCCUGCAGCGACGGGCAUCCUUCCUUGGGACACCAUAUUGGAUGGCUCCAGAAGUGGUGCAGUGUGAGACCUCAAAGGAGAACCCCUACAACUACAAGGCUGACAUCUGGUCCCUGGGGAUCACCCUGAUCGAGAUGGCGGAGAUGGAGCCCCCCUACCAUGAGCUGAACCCCAUGAGGGUGCUGCUGAAAAUCUCCAAGUCCCACCCGCCCACCCUGUGCUAUCCCAAGCGGUGGUCUGAGGAAUUCAAAGAUUUUCUGAGGAAAUCGCUGGAGAGGAAUCCCGAGGCCCGGUGGUCAGCCAUCCAGCUCCUUCAGCAUCCCUUCGUGGCAGAGGUGUCAGAGAAGAGGCCCCUGCGGGAGUUGAUUGCAGAGGCCAGGGCUGAGGUGAUGGAGGAGGUGGAAGAGGAGGAGGAGGAAGAAGGACACGUACUGGCAGGUUCCCGGGGUUGGGAUGGGAAAGGAUACAUCCAUAUGCAGCCUCUAACCCAUCUCCUUUUGGUCCAACAGCCACCGCAUGGCUCCUACAAGGCCUCCAGCAGCAGUCCCUGCCAGCAGGAGACACUGUCCAAACCCAGCCAGAACCUAGAGGGGAGGGAAGUGCCUCCCUGCUGGCUGGUAGGAGCUGGCGGGGAGAUGGAGAUGGCUCAGCCAGCCAGCCAGUCUGCUGCGCCAACAGAGGAGAGGCAGCAGGAAGAGCAAAUGGGGUUUCCAAAGAAUGAGACAGGGAGCCCUUCCCCUCUUGCCCAGCUGGAGUCUGCAGGACCGGGGGGAAGCACCAGUCUUCAGGGGGAAUCUGGUCACUGUGGUCCCCAGAUGAGGGCAAAAAAAGCUUCUGACUUCCUAAAACAAAUGAGGCGAAAGUCCACACCCUUGUUUGCGGCUUCCCGGGAGCUGCGUGGCUCCAUGAGGCUCCCCUCUCGAAGGCCCCCCGACAUCCUGAAGCUAAUGAGACGCAGGUCAUUCUUUGGUGGAUUCAAGACACAAGAAAAUGGCAGCAAACAACGUGGGGUCAGUGGCGAGCCUGGGGUGCAUGCAGCCACUGGGAAAGAGGGGCUGGAGGAGGAGCAGCUGUCUGAGUGUCCUGAGCCUCAGCCGUGUGUGGGACGGCCAGGCACACUAGAAGGAACAGCAGCACUCAAACUAGAAGCAGAGACGCAAUGUAUAGUCCGCCGUGAAAAAGAGGCUAGCCCUGUAGAGAGACCAGCUCCAGCAAAAGAACUGUAUAUUGAGCCAAAUCAUUUAGCACCAUCUACAGAUCCAGCCGAAGGGCAAGAGCCGGAAAGAGAAGCAGCAGAAACUGCUGAUGAUCAGGCCAAGUCUGUAUUGGAAGGGAUUCAGGCAGGUUUUAAACUCUGUGAGUCCCCCACAACAGACAGAAUUCCCUCCCCAGAAGCCUGCAGUACUCCAGAGAGUCACCAGGCUGCUCCAGGCCUAGAGGGCAGAACCCCGACGUGCCCCAGUUUGCACUCAGGGAGUCCCACGGAAAGCCUGUCAAAUCACGACCCUACCUGUGAUUUAUUGUCUCUGCAUGAACAUGCAGGAGCAGCCAAGUGGGACAUGUCUGAACGCUCAGCUGGGACGGGAGAAGGGCAGACAGGGGAUGAGAAUCCUGCCUCCGGUCCCAGGAGACUGAGGACUCAGGCUGAAAGGACAGAGGAAAUGCGGUGCCUAGCCAUGAACCAUUACCUGGAUUGUGCGUCUGUGCCCAGCCCUCGUGCAAAGCUGGACCUGAGCGAGGGCAUGCGGCUAAUAGCAGCUCUAGACCUUUGUCAGACUAGCACAGGAGGUCUGAGCAUCACAGAAUCCUGGCGACACGUCUGGCCCAAAGGCUCUGGAACGUGUGUCAACCAGGGAUCAAGUGGGGUUAGAUUACAGACUGAAAAUUGCUUACCUGCAGCAGAAGUACGAGCAAUAGCAGAGCAGACACCCUGUGAAAGCGAGAAGGAACAGCUCCCCAAGGAACUAGCCCAGAGUGAUGAGAAUCAGCAGGAGCCAGAACCAUCCUCAGUGACAAAUGAAACAGAAGGAGAUGUGGAGAACACAAAUGAAAACAUAAAGGUGGGAUCAGCAGCCCUAGAAGAGCAACAAGAGCCACACUGUAUGGGAGAGGCUGAGACAGUGGGCAAUAGAUUUUCUAAAGAGACAGAGGUUCUAUCCAAAGAGGAAAGAGGGAAAACUGAGGAAGAAAUUCCAGACUAUAGAAGGGGUCCUGUAAAUGAAGACCCACAGUCAGGGGUGGACACCUCCCCCAAGGAGAUCAUGGGGCCAGCACGUGAGGAGACGGAAAGAGUUCCUGUAAAGCAGGUUGUGGAGGAAUAUUUCAAUGGAGACCAAAGUGCAGAGGUGGACACCUCCAGCCAGGAGAUACUGGGGCCUGCAAAAGAGAGAGCCCAGGAAGGCAACACAACACUGGGAUAUUUAAAUUUAGAGGCUGAAAACUCAGUGGUGGAUAUCUCCCCUGAGGAGAGCCUGGUGCCAGCCAAAGCACACUCAGGGGAGAAAAUGAAAGACACAAUAGACAGCUCUAGAGGUGGCCCAUUACAUGUUGUUGAGGACAGAAAUCAUAAAGCUGAGGGAGGCGUACAUGGUAGAGAAACAGCGAAGGAAGAGAGACGCCCACCUGGAGAAGAUCUGGCAGAGGCUGCUCCGGAUUCAGAAGGGGCUUCAGGAGCUGGAAAAGAAGAGAUAAGUGCCCCACUGGGGAACGGAGCUGUGCCAGAACCCCAGAGGGCACCUGCUGAGCACCCAAAGGUACAGAAGAGAGUGAGCUUUGGUGAGGAGCCCCUGGAACAAGCAGCUGAUAGAGGAGCAAUGAGAGAUGGAAAAGAUCCUAGUGGUAAGGGAGAUUCGACCUUAAAUGAUGGUUUAAUACAAAGCCAAGGAGAAGAGACGCUGACCUCACCAGGCGCUACAGAGUCUGACAUACACCACCACCUUCCUUCUGCCAGGCUGCAGCCCCCAUGCCAUGUGCAAGACAUCACACAGGAGCCUGUUGCCCUAAGAAGAACAGUGAGGAAAACCCGGAAGUUUGUUGUGGAUGGGAAGGAGAUCAGUGUGACAACCUCAAAGACCAUCAGCAAAGUGGAUAUGAAGGAUGAGAAGAUGCGCUCAGAGCGGCGCCAGGAGCUGCACGAACUCCGCCUCCUCCAGAAGGAAGAGCAGCGAGCCCAGAGUCACCUGGAGCAGAAGCUCCAUCAGCAGCGGGAGCAGAUGUUCCGCCACAUUGAGCAGGAAAUGAUGAGCAAGAAGCAGUAUUAUGACCAGGAGGUGGAGAGCCUGGAGCGGCAGCAUCGGCAGGCCCGGGAACGCCAGGAGCACGAGUUCACCACCCGGCUCCGGGACGAAGCCAAGCGCCUGAAAGCCCUGCAGGAAAAGGACUAUGGCAAGAAGCUACCAGCCUUGAGAGGCAACAGGAGAGAGGUACCUGCCUGCCGAGAGCCUACAGUCUCAAGCCAGUGGGAUCUGGGUCUCCUUUCCCCCCCGCCCCGAGCCAGUGAGAUCUAUGAUCCUUCUUCCAGACAAUGGAACCUAGAGUUUGAGACUGGUUGCCCUGGGCCAGCUUCAUGUGAUUCUAACUGGCAGGAGCAGAGAUUUCUGCAGCAGCAGCAAGAGGAGCUAAACCUGGCCUUGCAGAGAAUUGUGCAGGAGCACAAAAAGAAAGUGACCUCCAUCGAGUGGGAGUGCGUCAGCAAGAUCCACAGUCUCAAGAGAGCCCGGGAGUCAGUGGUGUGGAGCGUUGAGCAAGGCCACCUGCAGGAGAAGUACCAUCUCUUCAAGCAGCAGGUGAAGGAGCAGUACUCCCUGCAGCAGCAGCAGCUCAACAAGCGGCAGGAGCAGGAGACCGAGCGGAUGACCCGCUUCCACCAGCGCCUGCUGGCCGAGCUGAGGCAGCAGCAGGCACAUCAGCAGGUACAGCUGCUGAAAACCCAGCGUGGGGAGGCCAAGCUCCGCUUGGCCAUGUUCAAGGAAAGUCUGAAGAUCCAGGAGGUGAUGGGCGCUGAGCAGAGGGACAGGACUAAGCAGUUCCUGCAGCAGGAGGAGCCACGCCAGAGGGCAGAGGUGCAGCGCCAGCAGCAGCAGCACAAGCAGCAGCUGCAGGACCUGCAGCAGCAUCUGGCUGAGAGCCUCAGUGAGCUGGAGCAGCUGCAGAGAGAGAAGCUCCGCCUGCUGGUUGAGCAGGAGAAGAAGCAGCUGAAGGGACUGGACGAGGAACACACCAUGGAGCUGAGCGAGUGGAAACAGCGGCUCGCUGCCCGCAAAGAAAUGCUGGAGGAAGAGCUGGCUCACAGGCACCCACUGCAGCUGAAGGGGCUACCCCAAGGCAGCGGACCAGGCAGCAGGAUAUCCCGGUUCUUCCACUUCCCACCCUGACAGUGCCCUUGGAUCUCAGCGGGGACAGCCAGGGGGGGUCCUAGGCCUUCUCCCCAGGACCCGCUCGGCUCCUGUGAGCCGAGAAAGUGCCUGAGCAGACAGGAGAAGAUCCCACCUAUGGGUUUGACCAAGGUGCCAUCAGGCAGAAAGGACAUGCUGGGACCUGCUAUAUGAUAUGGCCAGGGAGUCCUGGGGGUAGACUGCUGUUUCCAGUUGGACACUGUGAGGGGGAGCCACAGAGCUUGUUGGCCCAGAGCUCUAUAGACUGAUGCUCAUGGCCCAUAGUAGGAGCAUCUCAGGCUGCUGGAAACAAAACCUGUCCUGGAGGGACAUAGGACAGACUCUUGUGGGGAGGCUCAGCCAUAGCUACAUUCUGUGUCCCCCUUCUGCCCAGCCCAGUAUGUUCUGCUCCCUAAGCAGGAGCAUAAAUCCUUAUGUGCUCGUGGCACUAGAAGGCCUCCCAGCAGGAUUCACUGACUUCAUUAGCACAGGAACACUUUGCAUUUAAAGGGCAAUCCAGGAUCUACCUCAAACCCAACACCUGUGGCCCGCCUCCUUCUCCACUCCUGAGACCCCACCUCUUCUCACAUCCUCACUCACUUUCACCAGGCUGGGGCAGGAGUUUGGGUGCAGGUUCUGGUCUUGGGCCAAGAGGUUGGGAGUAUGGGAAAGGCCCCAGGCUGAGCUUGGGGCAGAGGGUUGGGGUGCAGGAGGGGACUCAGGGCUGGGAGGUCAGGAUGCGUGCUCAGGCUGGGCACCACUUACCUCAGGUGGCUCCCAGACAGUGGUGCAACAGGGCAAAAGCAAGCUCACCCCUCUGGCCUUGCACUGCUCCCAAAAAGUGGAGGCUCCGUGUGCUGCCCUGCAUCCACAGGCACUGCCCCUGCAACUCCCAGUGGCCACUAGCAGUCCAGGAAUGGGGAACUGUGACCAAUCUCCUUGUUUGGCUACAGCAGCCUCCAAGAUUUAUCCCGAUUCCAGGAGACUUCCUGCUGGUUUCCCUUCUAAUUUUUUCCAUGUGCAGAAUGAGUUUUGUUAUUAAGGUAACAUGUGGAUGUGCACCAUCAGUAGAAACCAUUCAUAUAUGGCAAUUAAAAAAAAAAAAAAGAGAGAUAAUUACUCCAGCCAUGACAGGUUAGGCAUUUUUUAACUCACUACUCAGAGAAUUAAAAUUUAAGCACAAGAGAAAUAAAAGUUAUGAAAUUCACAGGCCAGUCAAAACCCUACAAACACUUUGAAAGUAGGUGAGUGUGAAAGACAGGGUAUGUGAGAGACAGCGUACAUAAAAGGAUAGAAUGACAGAUGCGCAUCACUCCUUUAAAUAUUCUGAGCAGUCAGACAUAAGAGCUGCUGCCAGCAAGCUCCUCCAUCUGAGCCAUCAUAUUCCCCUUAUCUCUGCAGAGAUGGAGUACAGAAGUGGAGGAAGGGGGACACCAGGACAUCCAUGCUCCCCUCUUCUCCCUCACACAGCAAGCAGGAGGCUCCUGUGGGGCAGCCAAAGCAGAGGGCAAGUACAGCAUGACAGUAGGUGAGGGGCAGCUGAAAUGCUUGCAUUUGAUAGUUUCAUGGCCAAAUCAGUCAGGAUCACCUGUCAGAGGCUCCAGGAUCUACUGGGUGGUCAACUUAGAGAAACUUAUGAGGGCAAAAUCCAGGCCUCGGAUUCUAAUUCAAGGUGUGCAGUCCAUUGGCCACAAGAGGGAUUAUUCGGGCCACUGACAAAAGCACAUUAACCUACAGGCAGAAUUGCAGGGAGCACCCAUGGAGGAGCUAACUUAACGAGCUAUUGUGCUGUACCAAACCACCAUGAAAUGACUCCUUUGGCAGGAGUGGAGUAAAACCAAACUACAAAUCUCAUGUUUCAUGGUCUUAAUAUAGCAAGAAACAUGCAUUUAUACCAGUUUGAAGGGAGAGAUUGUGGGUCUUAGCAAAGUGGCUGUAGUGACACUGGAUCUCCAUGAUGGGGCUGGUAUAUUUCCCCAACUGGUGUGGAAGGCACUGCGGUUACUGAAGCAAACUUUUCUUCCAACACAAGCCACAGAAAAAGGGUGACAUUAAAGCAGCUGAGACAUUCUUCCGGGCAGAGUAAGAAUGUUCCUUCUUUCACGCCUUGACCCAUACAUUUUCCAAGCGACUUUGCAAGGCUGCCUUAGAAAGAUCAAAAACUAGGGGAAACAUUUCCAAAAGGUCAUAAGCAACUACAGUGUUUCAGUUCCAAUGAAACAGACCCUGAUCCUCCCAGUACUCCUGUUACAAUCCACACAGCUUGCUCUGCACCAGCAUCCUCAUGCUGAAUUCCACUUGCUGGCAGGCUUUCUUGUUGCUUCUCAGCCACAGCUACGGAAGUUGGGGAAGAGAACCAAAGGCAAUUGCUCCCCCAGGGCUCUUUGCUGGGGACACCACAGGAAUGCAGAGAGAGAAGGGAACUUAACACUCUCAAAUGGGGCUCAGGAAAAGGGUCACCGUUGGUACUUGCAUGGUAUCAGUCUUUUCCAAAUCAUAGAACAUGGCAGAGAGCUGAGUGAAAUAGUCUUCAUGAUAAUUUCACUAUGUACGGUUUCAUGAGCCAGAGGAGCAUGGGGUAGGCUGGGUCUCCAAGGAUGACUAUUGGCAUUUCAACAUCUCCAAUGAUUUUCCGGUGUGGGUAGAAAGUUCUGUCUUGCAGCUUUCUGAAGAGGAAGAUGUUCCUAAAGAUGCACGCAUCAUAGACUUUUCCCAAGCAGUCUACUUUUAUGUUGGUGAAAUGGCCUUUAUGAUCCACCAGUGCCUGCAGCACCACUGGGAAGCACCCCUUGUGGUUUAUGUACUAUUUAUUUGGCAAGGUGACCAGGAUGAUGCACCAUGG